AUGGCCAACGACGUCCUUCCGGCAUCUUCUUCCAUAGACCACGAACGCGCGCGCACCUCGUCGCAGCCAUCCGCGUUUUGGUUUGACGAUGGUUCCAUCAUCAUUGCAGUUGCAAGGGAACGCUUCAGACUUCACAAAUCCCUCUUAAGCAGGCACUCCUCUAUCUUUGAGUCGCUGCCUGUCUCGCAAAGCACAAGAGCCGAAACUAGAGACCCGCCAACGGUCGAGAUAUCAGAAGGCUUGGCGACCCCAAGAGACUUUACAGCUUUGCUGGAGCACCUGUAUCACGAUGUGUACGUCCUACUGCUCGCCUGUAUCGUCUGCACCAUCUUAUCCCCUGCUCUGGCUCUUUUGCGCUCCGUGACAUCACUACACCUUUACAAGACCAAUAGACUCUGCUCCACUAUCCGCGGUAUCAUCUUUGCUACGCGUAACAUCUGA